AUCUUAAGACUAUACUGGAUUCGACUCGCUUACUAUAGCACUUAUAGCCCACUCGGAGCCCAGCGUGUAUCAACUGAACUGCCAAGUCGCUGUGUCGGGAGCCAAUUCCGUCAUGGACUUGAGUCUGUAGAGUACGUAGCAUUCAUUCGGCAUCCCGUCUUGACGAUGGCAUCCCUGUUACACACAGGCAGUUACACAGAGCUCAACCUCGCGAGAAACCGACUGGACGGAGACACGUCGGCACAUAUUUGGUCCGCUCGUGAGAUGUUUCCGCAACGGCUCCGUCCAUCUGACCACUGGACCAUGGCGGUUGAUGCUCCGCUUCGAACUUUCAAGCGCUUGUCAUUUGUUCGGCCCCGCCUCCGUGCUGGCCUUUUCCCCUCUCCCCAAUUCAAGACACAUCCAGCCAUGGUUUCGAGGCUCACUCCCCAUCCCGUCUGCACUUUUUCCAGAUGGUAGUUCCAAGGGUCAUCACGUGGCCUGUGGUCCUUCGACGGACUUCGCUGCUCCAGAGACAUGCUGCGCUACCAUUGACCAUUUUGGUGUGCAUGAUGGCGCGCAUGUUCUUGACGCACACUAUCUGGUCAAACAUGACAUCUCGACCCUUCCCUUUGUUCCUCGUUCCAUGCUCCCCCUUCACCGUCCUUUAUUUAUUUUAUGAUUUUUUUUUCUUCUCGCAACCUCACUUGAGGUUACGCACUCCAAUGCCCUUACCUCGUCUCGAAGGCUCUUUUCUUGUUCUGCGUCAAGAUAAAAGACAGGAGCGUCAAGAAUGACCAAAGCUGACAUCAACCCGUAUACCCGUUACUCCACUCAAACGUUCUUCUCACACCCAUUGAAGGGUUUGAAAGGGUCAUCACCCACUGGAACUGGUCCCGGUUUCCCAAGCGCCAGCCUGGCACAGCUUGUGUCAAAUCUCCCCGAUAACCACUUGGCACAUUGGCAAGUACAUGGCAAAGUAGCGGUACCUUGAUAAUGCCCAUGUCAGUUGCAGUGCUGGGUAUGGCACAACAGCUGAGGUGCUUCGGCGAUUUGGGACUUCACGAUAUCUUCCCUAGCUUCAAGGGGAGAGGGGAAAAAAAAAAAAAAGAAAGAAAAAAAAAAAAAAAAA